AUGUCGGGAGCCACUUGGCAGAAGGAUUUCGAGAAGAACGGCUUCGCCGUCAUUCCGUCCGUGAUACCUCGCGACAAGGCCGCCCACUACCAAAACCAAGCCUUCGCCUGGCUCCAGUCAUUCGACAACCCUGCUUUGGACUUGGCCAACCUCGCGACAUGGACACCCGGCAAUCUGCCCUUUAUCUCCGGGAUCAACACCUUCAACCACUACGGCGUCGUCCACGAGAAGUUCAUGUGGGACAUCCGCCAAGAGCAAGGCGUCAUUGACGUCUUCGCCAAAGUCUGGGGCACCGACGAGCUCAUCGUCUCGUUCGACGCGCUGAACAUCACGCUCCCAAGAAGGCCGGACCAUGCGCCCCGGCAGAAGUGGCCGCACGUCGACCAGAGCCCGUACAGAAAGGGACUGGAGUGCGUGCAAGGGAUCGUGAACCUGUCCAGGGCAGGGCCCGAAGACGGCGGGUUGACGGUGUAUCCGGGAACCCACAAGGUCACCGAGUCGUUCUUCCGCGAUCAUACCGACAGGGCCCAGUGGACGAGGAAGGACUUCUUCAACUACACGCCGGAGCAGAUCGCAUGGUUCGAGGAGCAGGGGUAUCGAGAGCACAAGGUGGUCGCGGAGCCGGGCGACUUGAUCAUUUGGGAUUCGCGGCUGAUUCACUACGGCGCGGAGCCUACACCCGAAAGCGAUACCAUCCGGACUAUCACGUACGUGUCGUAUGCGCCGGCCUCCUUUGCGACGAAGGAAGCCCUGGGUGCGAAGAAGCAGGCCUUUGAGAAGUGGCUGGCCACAACACAUUGGCCGCACGACAACAUCGUUCCGAGGACGAACCAACCGACUCUUCCGGACGGAUCAGUCGACGCCAGAAGAUCGGAGCCUCGGGAGAAGCCCGAGUUGACUGACAAGUUGCUGAAGCUGGCCGGAGUCGAGGCAUACUAG